AUGUCUCACAACGACCCGAACAACUACUACGACCAGCAGGGCCACGAUCAGUCCCAGCAGCAACACCCUCAAGAGUAUGCGUCUGAUCCGUACCAAAGUUAUGGCCAACAGCCACAAUACGACGAGUACGGACAGCCCAUCUAUGCUCAGGAUCAGUAUGAUCCAGAGGCUGCUGCCCACUACGACCCUAACGCUGCGGAGUAUUACGCCCAACAGGGCUACGACCCCGAAGGCAUGGAUUAUGGCCAAGGAAAUGGCUACUACGAACAACCCCGUGGCAUGGGCCAAGACCCGGAAAACUUCUCAGAUUUCAGCUACGGCCCACCAGCAGUUCCAGGCUACGAAGGCUACGGGACUCCCAGCGCUGGCCAGUACACACCAUCGCAAAUGAGCUAUGGUGAACCCAGAUCCUCGGGGGCAUCUACCCCGAUCUAUGGGGGUGAAGGAUUCGAUUCGUCGGCGAUCGCCAUGGCUUUGCCUAACGAGCCCUAUCCAGCAUGGACGGCUGACAACCAGUCUCCGGUCACCAUCGAACAAAUUGAAGACGUCUUCAUUGACAUGGCCAACAGAUUCGGUUUCCAAAGAGACUCCAUGAGAAACAUGUUUGAUCACUUCAUGGUUCUCUUGGAUAGUAGGGCUUCCAGAAUGUCUCCUCAACAAGCCUUGCUAUCUUUGCACGCCGACUACAUUGGUGGCGACACUUCUAACUAUAAGAAAUGGUAUUUCGCCGCCCAGCUGGACAUGGACGAUGAAGUGGGCUUCCGUAACAUGAACUUGGGUAAGCUAUCAAGAAAGGCAAGAAAGGCCAAGAAGAAGAACAAGAAGGCCAUGAAGGAGGCUGAAAAUGACGGAGCCGAAGGUACUGAAGCCAUGUUGAAUCAGCUCGAAGGUGACAACUCGUUGGAGGCAGCUGAUUUCAGAUGGAAGGCAAAAAUGAACAAGCUCUCUCCAAUCGAGAUGGUUCGUCACAUCGCUCUAUACCUUUUGAUCUGGGGUGAGGCUAAUCAAGUCAGAUUCACCUCAGAAUGCUUGUGUUUUCUUUACAAGUGCGCCUCCGACUACUUGGACUCUCCACUAUGUCAACAACGCGCCGAGCCAAUGCCAGAGGGUGAUUACUUAAACAGGGUUAUUACUCCACUAUAUCUAUACAUCAGAGCCCAAGUCUAUGAGGUGAUUGACGGUCGUUUCGUGAAGCGUGAAAAAGACCACAACAAGGUUAUUGGCUACGAUGACGUUAAUCAACUCUUCUGGUACCCUGAAGGUAUUGCCAAGAUUAUCUUUGAAGACGGUACUCGACUUAUUGACUUGCCUCCCGAAGAGCGUUACCUAAGGCUAGGUGAAGUUUGCUGGGACGAUGUUUUCUUCAAAACCUACAAAGAGACCCGUUCAUGGUUCCAUAUGGUCACCAACUUCAACCGUAUCUGGAUUAUCCACGGUUGUAUCUACUGGAUGUAUGCUGCCUACAACGCCCCUACCCUAUACACCAAAAAUUAUCAACAAUUGGUUAACAAUCAACCUUUAGCUGCUUACAGAUGGGCUUCAGCUGCUUUGGCUGGUACUCUUGCAUGUAUCAUCCAGCUUGUAGCCACCAUUGCUGAGUGGUUUUUCGUUCCUAGAAAGUGGGCUGGUGCUCAACAUUUAUCUCGUCGUUUCUGGUUUUUGAUCCUCAUUACGGUUGUCAACCUGGGCCCUAUCGCCUUUGUAUUCGCCUAUGACCAACUAGAUGUGUACUCAAGAGCUGCACAUAUCGUUGCUGCUGUCAUGUUCUUCGUUGCUGUGGCUACUAUUAUCUUUUUCUCAGUUAUGCCUUUGGGCGGCUUGUUCACAUCGUACAUGAAGAAGUCGACAAGACGUUAUGUGGCCUCUCAAACGUUCACAGCGUCAUUUGCACCAUUGGCUGGGCUAGAGAUGUGGAUGUCUUACUUAUUAUGGGUUACUGUGUUUGCCGCCAAAUUUGCGGAAUCAUACUACUUUUUGAUUCUUUCUUUGAGAGAUCCUAUUAGAGUUUUGACAACCACAAAGAUGAGAUGUACGGGUGAGUAUUGGUUUAAGGCCAAACUAUGUUCUAUUCAGCCACAAAUAGCUUUGGGUUUGAUGAUUGCCACAGAUUUCAUUUUGUUCUUCUUGGAUACUUUCAUGUGGUACGUCAUUUGCAACAUGGUUUACUCUAUUGGAAGAUCAUUCUACUUAGGUAUUUCCAUUCUCACACCUUGGAGAAACAUUUUCACUAGGCUGCCUAAGAGAAUAUACUCGAAGAUUUUGGCCACCACGGAUAUGGAAAUAAAGUAUAAACCAAAGGUGCUGAUAUCUCAAGUUUGGAAUGCCAUCGUCAUCUCCAUGUACAGAGAACAUUUGUUGGCUAUUGAUCAUGUCCAGAAGUUGCUAUAUCACCAAGUUCCUUCUGAAAUUGAGGGUAAGAGGACACUAAGGGCCCCGACCUUUUUUGUAUCUCAGGAUGACAACAACUUCGAAACCGAGUUUUUCCCUAGGGACUCUGAGGCUGAACGUCGUAUCUCAUUUUUCGCUCAAUCUCUUGCCACUCCAAUUCCCGAGCCUCUGCCUGUUGAUAACAUGCCUACCUUCACUGUUUUGACUCCCCACUACUCCGAAAGAAUUUUGCUAUCUCUGAGAGAAAUUAUUCGUGAAGAUGAUCAAUUUUCGAGAGUUACUUUGCUAGAGUAUUUGAAGCAAUUACACCCUGUCGAAUGGGAUUGUUUUGUUAAGGAUACUAAGAUUUUGGCCGAGGAAACUGCUGCGUAUGAGGGAACCACUGAGGAUAUUGAAAAAGAAGGCGAGGGCGGCAUUAAAUCACAAAUCGAUGACUUGCCAUUCUACUGUAUUGGAUUCAAGUCUGCUGCUCCGGAAUACACCCUUCGUACUAGAAUUUGGGCCUCUCUGAGAUCUCAAACUCUUUAUCGUACUGUGUCUGGUUUCAUGAACUACGCUAGAGCAAUUAAGUUGCUCUACAGAGUCGAAAACCCUGAAAUUGUACAAAUGUUUGGAGGUAACGCUGAGGGUUUGGAGAGAGAAUUGGAAAAAAUGGCUAGAAGAAAAUUCAAAUUUUUGGUCUCCAUGCAAAGACUGGCUAAGUUUAAGCCUCAUGAGCUUGAGAACGCCGAGUUCUUGCUAAGAGCUUAUCCAGAUUUGCAGAUUGCAUACCUGGACGAAGAACCUCCUUUGAAUGAAGGCGAAGAACCAAGAAUUUACUCCGCGUUGAUCGAUGGCCACUGCGAGUUGUUACCAAAUGGUCGCAGACGUCCUAAAUUCAGAGUUCAAUUGUCUGGUAAUCCAAUUUUGGGUGAUGGUAAAUCCGAUAAUCAAAACCAUGCUAUGAUCUUUUACAGAGGUGAGUACUUGCAGUUGAUUGACGCCAACCAAGACAACUAUUUGGAAGAAUGCCUGAAGAUCAGAUCUGUCCUUGCCGAAUUUGAAGAACUGAAUGUCGAACAAAUUAAUCCUUAUGCUCCUGGCUUGAAAUACGAAGACCAAUCCACCAAUUACCCUGUUGCCAUUGUUGGUGCUAGAGAAUAUAUUUUCUCUGAAAACUCUGGUGUUUUGGGUGACGUUGCCGCUGGUAAGGAACAGACUUUCGGUACCUUGUUUGCCCGUACUUUGGCUCAAAUCGGUGGUAAAUUGCAUUAUGGUCACCCUGAUUUCGUUAACGCGACUUACAUGACCACCAGAGGUGGUGUUUCUAAAGCUCAGAAGGGUCUACAUUUGAACGAAGAUAUUUACGCCGGUAUGAAUGCUCUCUUACGUGGUGGUCGUAUCAAGCACUGUGAGUACUACCAAUGUGGUAAGGGUAGAGAUUUAGGUUUCGGAACCAUUUUGAAUUUCACAACCAAGAUUGGUGCUGGUAUGGGUGAACAAAUGCUUUCCCGUGAAUACUACUACUUGGGUACCCAAUUGCCAUUGGAUCGUUUCCUGUCUUUCUACUACGCUCACCCUGGUUUCCACUUGAAUAACUUGUUUAUUCAAUUAUCUGUUCAGCUGUUCAUGUUAACAAUGAUGAACUUAAACGCCUUGGCUCACGAAUCUAUUCUUUGUGACUACGACAGAAAUAAGCCUAUAACUGAUGUUUUGCAUCCAAUCGGAUGUUACAACUUCUCUCCCGCCAUUGAUUGGAUUAGACGUUACACCUUAUCCAUUUUUAUCGUUUUCUUCAUUUCUUUCAUCCCUAUUAUUGUUCAAGAACUGAUUGAACGUGGUAUUUGGAAGGCGACCCAAAGAUUCUUCAGACAUAUCAUUUCUCUAUCGCCUAUGUUUGAAGUAUUUGCUGGUCAGAUUUAUUCCUCUUCUUUACUGACUGAUUUAACGGUCGGUGGUGCUCGUUACAUUUCUACGGGUCGUGGUUUUGCAACUUCUCGUAUUCCAUUCUCCAUUUUGUACUCAAGAUUCGCAGGCUCUGCCAUUUACAUGGGUGCAAGAUGUAUGCUGAUAUUACUGAUGGGAUCUGUUGCUUACUGGCAAGCACCUUUACUGUGGUUUUGGGCCUCCUUGACUGCCUUGAUGUUUUCUCCAUUCAUCUUUAAUCCCCACCAGUUCUCUUGGCAAGAUUUCUUCUUGGACUACCGCGACUACAUUAGAUGGUUGUCCAGAGGUAACAACAAAUACCACAGAAACUCUUGGAUUGGUUAUGUCAGGAUGUCUAGGUCUCGGAUAACCGGUUUCAAACGCAAGUUGACGGGCGAUGAAUCCGAAAAGUCAGCUGGUGAUGCCGCGAAGGCUCACAAAACCAACAUGAUUUUGGCUGAUAUCAUUCCUUGUGCCAUUUACGCCGCAGGUUGCUUUGUUGCCUUCACUUUCAUCAAUGCACAAACUGGUGUUAAGGACGCAGAUCUUGUCAACUCGACAUUGCGUAUUGUCAUCUGCACUUUGGCUCCAAUCGCCGUUAACAUGGGUGUUCUAUUUGUUUGCAUGGGUCUCUCUUGUUGCUCGGGUCCACUCUUCGGAUUAUGUUGUAAAAAGACUGGCUCUGCGAUGGCUGGAUUUGCUCAUGGUGUUGCUGUCAUUGUGCACAUCAUCUUUUUCAUUGUCAUGUGGGUCUUAGAGAGCUUUAACUUUGCCAGAAUGUUGGCUGGUGUCGUUACCUGCUUGUACAUUCAGAGGCUGAUCUUCAAGAUCAUCACCAUCUUCAUGUUGACUCGUGAAUUUAAGAAUGAUCACGCGAAUACCGCCUUCUGGACUGGUAAGUGGUACGGAACUGGAUUUGGUUAUAUGGCUUGGACCCAACCGGCCAGAGAAUUCUUGGCCAAGGUCGUUGAGCUGUCGCAUUUUGCAGGUGACUUUAUGUUGGGUCAUUUCAUUUUAUUCUGUCAACUACCACUGCUCUGCAUCCCAUACAUUGACAAGUUCCACUCUAUUAUGCUGUUCUGGUUGAAGCCAUCUCGUCAAAUCCGUCCUCCAAUUUAUUCUUUGAAGCAAACUCGUUUGCGUAAGCGGAUGGUGAGAAAAUACUGCACUCUAUACUUUUUGGUUCUGAUUUGCUUCGUGGCCUGCAUUGUGGGUCCAGCGGUUGCCUCCAAGUUCAUUUCUGGUAAUUUCGGUACCAACUUGAAUGAUAACAUUGGCCAGCCUAUGUUGCAAAAUCUUGUUCAACCUAGAAAUCAGAGCCACGACGACACUGGUUCCAGCUUGCAAACCAGAAGCCACUGGUAUUACAGCACUCCUUCGUUGUCAACCUUUUCCACCAAGCCUUGA